AUGUUCAAAGUCCCGGAUCAUCAAGUGGCAGGACACAAAGCCGAGGCCGGUAAACUUGGGCCUCUUGUCGAUGGAUUCGGGCUUUUUUACAAGCCUCUGCAGGGAGACGAACGCGGAUCAAACGAGGUCUCUUUCUACACCUCUUUCUCGUCAAACGCCAAAAUCCCCAAACACAUUGCUCGAUUUUUUCCCAAGUUCCAUGGCACCCAGCUUCUAGAAGCUUCCGAUGGAUCCGGCAUGCAGCCCCACAUGGUCCUGCAGGACCUCACCUUCGGUUGGGUCGACCCGUCUGUAAUGGACAUAAAAAUCGGGUCAAGGACUUGGGCCCAUCAAGCGCCUGAGGACUACAUAAAAAAAUGUCUGAAGAAAGAUAGGGAGAGCACGAGUGUCUCCCUUGGGUUCAGGCUUUCGGGCCUGCAAGCGUUUGGGAGCAAAGAAACGGGCUUUUGGAAGCCCGGGAAAUUGGAGGUCAAAUCCCUCUCGGUCGAUGAUGUCAGGCUAUAUCUGAAAAGGUGCGUUUCUUCUGAUGUGUUUGGUUCUAAACCGGAUUGUGCGUUUGCUUCGGUUGUUUACGGGGGCUCGACUGGUAUUUUGUCGCAACUGCUGGAGCUGAAGGCGUGGUUUGAGGAUCAAACGAUUUAUCAUUUCUAUGCUUGCUCGAUACUUAUUAUGUUUCAGAAGGAGGAGGAUGUGUUAAAUGGGAAGAUCCCUCGUGCGGAGGUCAAGCUUGUCGAUUUUGCACAUGUUUUCGAGGGGAAGGGUGUUAUUGACCACAACUUCUUGGGCGGGCUUUGCUCUUUGAUAAAGUUCAUAUCCGAGAUACUCACAACUCCAGAGGAAUGUGUUGUUUAG